AACGGCUUCCAACAACGACGUUACCGGCCUCCUGGCCAAAGAGACCAAGGUGCAAUGGGUGCAGCAGCAGACCGUCUAUCAGAGGACCAAGAGGAACUCCAGAGCCAGUCACAUCUACUCCAUUGACGUCCGGACUAAACACAUUGACUCAGGCCCGACCCAACCUGACAGGAGCCAACACCAGAACCAGAUACCGGCCUUCAAUGUGUCCCAGUCGAAGACCUUGUGGUAUAUGCGCUGCAGUGAAGCCUCACCGGACUGUCCAUCCCACAUGAACAUCGAGGCAGCGUGGGGGAGAGGACCCACGGGCAAGGGAGUGGUGGUGUCCAUCUUGGAUGACGGAAUUGAGAGAGAGCAUCCUGAUCUCAGGCCAAAUUAUGACUCUUUUGCCAGCUAUGAUGUCAACGGGAAUGACGAUGACCCCACGCCCAGAUAUGACUCCAGCACUGAAAACAGUCAUGGGACCAAAUGCGCUGGGAUGGUCGCAGCUGCAGCAAAUAACUCCCGUUGUUCUGUUGGAAUCUCCUUCGACGCUCAGAUAGGCGGUAUUCGUAUGCUGGACGGAGACGUGACGGAUCUGGUAGAGGCCCAAUCUCUGAGCUUCAGGCAGCAGCACAUUGAUAUCUACUCUGCCAGCUGGGGGCCGGAGGAUGACGGUGUGACGGUGGAGGGGCCUGGCCCUCUGGCUCGCCGUGCCUUAGAGAACGGCAUACGCACUGGUAGGAAGGGGCGUGGUUCUAUCUUUGUGUGGGCGUCGGGUAACGGUGGGCUGAAUGGGGACCACUGCUCUUGUGAUGGCUAUGCCAGCAGCAUCUACACCAUCUCCAUCAGUAGCACCACCCAGAGCGGCACCAGACCUGACUACCUAGAGCCAUGCCCCUCCACCCUGGCCUCCACCUACAGCCCCAGCGCCACAGACAGCGACGGAGCCAGGAUGGUUACACUGGACCUAAAACAAGGCUGUAGCAAGGAGCAUUCUGGGACCUCAUUCUCUGCCCCAAUUGCAGCAGGGGUCAUCGCACUUUUGCUGGAGGCCAACCCACUGGUGACUUGGAGGGACGUGCAGCACAUUAUUGUCAGGACCUCCCAGGCCCGUCGCGUGAUGGCCCCCGACUGGCACGCCAACGGAGCUGGAUACCAGGUGAGUCACUUUCAUGGCUUUGGGCUGCUGGAUGCGGAGAACAUGGUGAAGGAGGCUGAGAGAUGGAGACUGGUCCCCUCCCAGCAUAUGUGUGAGGAGGCUCCCAUCCAGCACAGCAGAAUAAUUUCCCCGGGCCUUGUACUGAGGAGCGUGCAUGAAUCCACUGGCUGCUCGCGUCAUCCCCUACAGCGCGUUGUUUAUCUGGAGCACGUAGUCAUCCGUGUGACCGUCAGCCACAGUCACCGAGGUGACCUCUCCAUCACUGUCAGGUCACCCGCCGGGACCAAAUCACAACUCCUGGCACCAAGGCCUCUUGACCACUCCAAUGAGGGCUUCAAGAACUGGGAGUUCAUGACCACUCACUGCUGGGGGGAGAAGGCAGCAGGAGAGUGGAGCCUGGAGAUCUUGGAUACUCCCUCUCAGCAGAGGGACAACAGUGAACCAGGGGAACUGAAAGGGUGGUCUCUAGUGCUUUUUGGCACUUCAGAGCACCCAUACUCCAUGCGCCGCGAGCAAGCCCGCUCUGCAGAGCUGCCAACUGAAGGUGGUGACCUCACUGAGGAAUACAGCGGCUCAUGCGACCUAGAGUGCAGCGAGGAUGGCUGUGAAGGACCAGGCCCUGAGAAAUGUGUCACUUGCCUGCAUUUCUUCCUCAAGUUCAAGAACAACACCAGGACAUGUGUGUCGGCGUGCCCGCCGGGCUUCUGGGGCGACCGGCACCGCUGCAAGAAGUGUUUCGCGUCCUGCGAGAGCUGCACUGGCAGCCGCAGCGACCAAUGCACAGCGUGUCAGCCCACACACCACCUGACCCUGGGAACCAACAGCUGCACGGCCAGCUGUGCUGACGGGUACUACUUGGACCAUGAUAUGAACAUGUGCAGGAAAUGCAGUGAAAACUGCUUGAGAUGCACCUCAGCGAACAUCUGCACGGAAUGCCAAGCAGGCACAAGUCUGUUGGGGAACCGCUGCCAGAGGAGCUGUGUACCAGGAAGUUACCUCAACGAGCAGGAGGGCACUUGUGAACCCUGCCACGAGGCCUGCGCUACCUGUGCAGGUGCAGGCGUUGAGGCGUGUAACCAGUGUGCUGAUGGGUAUCUGAUAGAGGAGUGGAGGUGCGUGUUCUCCUGCAGUGCCGGCUUCUAUGCCACGGAGAGCAGCCCUCGGAGAACCGGUGACGGACCCGGGAUGUGUAGGAGAUGCGAUGCCAGCUGUCUCACCUGUGUGGGAGCAGGGAAGGAGGACUGCAGUAGCUGCCCUAGUGGACACAGCCUGCGGGACGGAGUGUGUGUGGUCAGCACUGCCUGUGGAGACGGAGAGUACCAGGAUGGCCAUGGGAAGUGCUAUGCAUGUGACACCACGUGUUUGAAGUGUACAGGCCCAUCCACUGAGGACUGUAUCAGCUGUAUUCCCUCUAGGUUUUUGGAUGAAGGUCGCUGUGUGGCUCAGUGUUCUGAGGGGAGGUACCAAUCAGAUGGACAGUGCCACCUGUGUGACCACACCUGUGCCACGUGCUCGGAGAGUGGGCCUGCCAACUGUACCAGCUGUGACACCGAUAAAUUCAACAUGGACCGUUACCUGUACAAGGAGAGUUGUGUGCACACGUGCCCGGAGGCCUACUUCCACACCCAGGAGAAGAGCUGCGAGGCCUGCCCAGACAACUGCCAGCUCUGCACCUCCGCUAGCCACUGCCUGCGCUGUAACUCCUCCCACUACACCAGCAACGGCGUGUGCAUCAGACUCGAGUGUGGAGAAGGUGAGGUGGAAGAUCCAGAUUAUGAUGAUUGCAUGGCCUGUGAGGAGGGCUGUAUGAAGUGUGUACUGUAUAACCCCAGGCACUGCCUAUCCUGCACUGGAGGAUUUUACAAAUUCCAAGAUGGCUGCUACAAGAACUGCCCGGCGAAGACGUACAGCGUAGAGGACCAGAUGACCUGUGUGCCGUGUGAUGAGAAGUGCGUCAGCUGUGACGAACACGAGUGCUACUGGUGUGAGACAGACCUCUUCUUAUCAGAGGGGAAGUGUGUGACAGAGUGUCCAGAGGGUUUCUACGGAGACGAGGACACCCAAGAGUGCGAGGAGUGUCACUCUGAGUGUGCGACAUGCAAUGGCCCCGACAGUGACAACUGCGUUUCCUGUGUGGGAGGGAAGAGUGCUGAGGAGGGAGAGUGUGUCAUUGAACGAGACUCCUGUCCUGAGAAAACCUUCCACACUGAUGAUGGAGAGUGUCAGGCCUGCCAUGCCUCCUGUGAAUCAUGUUCAGGGGAAGGGAAAAAUCAGUGUAGAACCUGUGUGAAAGGGCAUUUCCUGACAACAGAGCGGGUGUGUGUCUUGAAGUGUCCGGCGGGCUCGUUCGCCAGCCGCCUGAGCGGUGCGUGUGAGGUGUGUCCUCAAGGGUGUGUGCAGUGUGUGGAUGCCCAGCACUGCACCCGCUGUCAUUUGGUACGCAAGGCCCCGCUCUACCUGCAGGAUGGACAGUGUGUUCAUCAAUGCCAGAGAGGGUAUCCGGCGGGCCAGAUGUGUCGCAGCUGUGCCCCGGGCUGCACCUCAUGUGCGAAGAAUGCCACCCAUUGCCUGAGCUGUGUGGAGCCCCUCCUCCUCCACAAACACCAGUGCGUGGAGACCUGCCCCCCCGUUCACCUCCUCAGGGACGGGGAGUGUCUGCGGUGUCCCACCGCCUGCCAGGAGUGUACGACCGGCAGCCAGUGUACACGCUGCGAGGAGUACCACUUCCUGUACGAGGACCGGUGUGUGAUGGACUGUCCUGAGAGGUUCUUCAAGGACUCUAUCCGGGGCACAUGUGCCCGCUGUCACCCCGACUGUGGCCUGUGUGACGGCCCGGACGGGGACGACUGCGACUCCUGUUCCGACCCAGAGGCCACACUUCACAACGGAGCCUGUCUGCCCGACUGCCCAUCACACACCUACAGGGACAGCAGGACCAGCGUGUGCAAAGACUGUGACGGCUCCUGUCUCACUUGUACGGGGCCCCACGCUGGCUCCUGUUCCAGCUGCACGGCGGGUCAAAGACUGGAUGGACACAGACACUGUGUCUCUCUGGGCAACAGUUGCACCCCCCGCCGCUACGCUGACCAGAACGGAGAAUGCCUCCCUUGUCACAAGUACUGCCAAGAGUGCUACGGGCCGGGCCCGAGACAAUGUCUAAGCUGCAACCAGAAUCAUUUCCUACUGAAUGGUAGCUGUGUGGACGUCUGUCCUACCGGCUUCUACCAGGAGGAGUCAGGCCAGAGAUGUGAGGCGUGCCAUCCAGCCUGUCUCACCUGUGUGGGCAGACACACACAUGAAUGUCUCAGCUGCCAGGACCACCUGUUCAGAGAGGGCAAAGAGUGUGUGGUCACCUGUCAACCCAGUCACUAUGGAAACGUGGCCUCGAGGACCUGUGAGAAGUGCGACCCGAGCUGCGGCGAGUGUUCCGGGGGCGGGGCAGACGGCUGUCUGAGCUGUGUGGAGGGACUGCUCUACCUGAGGAGGCAGGGACGUUGUUACCCCAGCUGUCCGCAGGGACUCUACCACGACAGCCGGCACCACACCUGUGAGCCCUGUCACGCCAGCUGCAGAACGUGCUCAGGAAAAGGAUCUCAGGAGUGUGACACAUGCCACGAUGGCCACACCCUGUCCGAUGGGAUGUGUGAGUCCCUCUGCAACAUGGGUCAAUACCCGCUGGUGCAGCCGGUCUCCCUGUGGUCCUCUGGCCAGGAUUGUGAGGACUGUGACAGCUCCUGCCUGGACUGCUGGGGACCCGGUCCAUACAACUGCACCAUCUGUCCUGCCCAUGCCAUCUUGACAGCCGGGGGGCGCUGUCUGCUCUGCUGUCAGAAUGACCCGCCAGUGGAGAGAGACUCCAGAGCACCACAGAAGGAGUGUUGUAACUGCACCGAGACAAGAGGGGAGUGCGUCCUCAGCACCAAUCUGGCCUUCCGCAACGACGAAUUGGAGACACCUGAGAACAUGGCGCUUUUCAUAACCACUUCGAUCCUACUGCUACUGGGCCUGGGUACCAUAGUCUUCCUUGUCCGACACUCGCGCUCCAAGAGCCCAUCCCUCCCCGACCCUAUCACGGCACCACGCGGCUAUGAGAAGCUGGGUGGUGGCUGGCAUGGAGGCGGCCGCAAUACUACAUCUACCGGCCACGCCACUUCCAGUGGGCAUUUCCACGAAGCCCAGUUGGUGGAUCUGACCAAUUGCGGGGCGGGCGAGGAUAAGAAUGAGGAUGAGGACGAUGAAGAUGAGGAUAUUGUAUACAUGGGUCAAGAUGGAACGGUCUAUAGAAAGUUCCGGUAUGGACAUCCCGAGGAUGAUAAUGACGAUGGUUUGGAGUACGAUGAUGAGAGCUACACGUUUCGCUGAAUUUAUCUCACCAUUUCAACCUUGGUUUCUACCUCUGAUUUUUCAUUUUUAUUUUGUUGAAGUGAAGUAGACGCUCCUGUCCAAACUUACACAAGUAAUUAGGGUUAACUGUCUUGCUCAUGGACAAAACCAAAUAUUUUUCACGUUGCCGACUCGGAUUCAAUCUAUCAACCUUUCAGGUAGGCUACCAGAUGCUCUAACCUCUAGACCAGUGGCUCCCAACCUUUUUCAGUUACUGUA